AUGCGCCGCGCCCAGCGCUGGCGCCUCGGGGAAAGGUUGCUGAGUUUGCUGGACGAGGCUGGGCUGGAGCGCAGCGUGGUGGCAUCCUCCUCCGCCCUGAGCCGCUGGGCGCCUCCGAUGUGCUGGCCCUGCGGCAGCUGCGCGGCCUGGCUGCGGCUUUGUGCCAGCUCCUUCGGCUUGAAGUGA